GAGCAGAUGAUGCAGAGCUGGAGCUAGGCGGAGAGAGGGCAAUCCGGUCAAUUUUACUGGUUUAGACUUUUAGUUGAAUAAUUGGUGAAGUCAUCAUGUCCACUGCAGCUCGUCAGACGGCAAUCAGCUGCCCAGGUCACACCCGUCCUGUAGUUGAUAUUUCCAUCAGUGAUACCACACCCAAUCAUGGAUACUUCAUGAUCAGUGCCUGUAAAGAUGGCAAGCCGAUGCUGAGGCAAGGCGAGACUGGAGAUUGGAUCGGAACCUUCGACGGCCACAAGGGGGCGGUGUGGGGUGUAGCACUGAACAAAGAAGCGACCAGGGCUGCGACAGCAGCUGCUGAUUUCUCUGCUAAAGUCUGGGAUGCUGUGUCGGGUGAAGCCUUGCAUGAUUUUUCUCAUAAACACAUUGUCAAAUCAGUGGAUUUCUCAGCGGAUAACAGCAAACUCCUUACAGCAAGUAACGAGAAGCUCCUGAGGAUAUUUGAUCUGAAUGCCCCUGAAGCAGAGCCGCUGUUAUUCCCUGGUCAUGAGGACCACAUCAGACAUGCACGCUUCCUCCCUGAUACAAGGUCUAUCGUCAGCUGCUCUGAUGACAAAACUCUCAGAAUAUGGGAUAUCGCCUCAAACUCGGAGGUUAGAAAGAUUCCCCUCAGUUCCAGUAAUGUUGGCAUAGACCUGGUCCGGGAUGGGUCGGUCCUGGUAGUGACCCAUGGCAAGACAGUAUCGUUCUACAGUACAGACAGAUUUGAAGAGAUGAAAAAGUUUGACACUGAGACCCUUGUGUAUUCAGCAUCUCUCAGUCCUGAUAAGAAAACGUUUGUUUGUGGAGGAGAAGAUUUCAAGAUCUACAGGUUCUCAUACGAAGACGGAAAAGAGGAAGCUUCAUACAAGGGUCACUUCGGUCCCGUUCACUGCGUUCGAUUCUCUCCGGACGGGGAGCUGUACGCCAGCGGUUCAGAGGAUGGAACACUGCGCCUCUGGCAGACAAACAUCGGCAAGACUUACGGACUGUGGAAGUUGGUUGGUGAAAGCGAGGCUGAUGGCGUACCUGCAUGCAAUGUCACAACGGAUGCCCUGUCACCUCCGACGGUGGUCAAGGUCGAAAGCUAACUCAUCAUCCUGAAACCGGAAGGCCUAUCUUACCGGAGAGGGUCAUAGCUUUGACUGCAGCUGCUGAUCAUUCGUGGCAAUUGCAGCAGCUUGGACCUUACCAUGAUGAUGACAACAGUCAAGCGCCUUUUUCCAGAGGAUUAAAAGCGCAAAUAAUAUCAAAACAAUUACCCCUGGUUUCCUGCCAGCCUCAAAGAAGCCUUGAAGAUUCCACUUCAGUCACUUUAAUAUGGAACAUCACCAUCUGAGACCUGCUAGAGGCUGAAAGAAAAUCCUUAAACACAAUAUUUUUGACUGUUGAUCUUGCAGACACAACUCGAAAGAUGUCCUUGGAUUCAGCAGAGAGUUGAGGGGUCAAAGGUCACCAACUGGUUCUGGGGCAGUGAGAUAGGCCCUCCAGGCCGUUAUCUUCAGUAUUUCACUUGUAACAAUUUUUUUAUUGAAAGGUCUACUUAGUCUGCAAGCACAGGGCUACAGAAGGAAAACCUAAAUUUUGAGGAAUGCCAAUAUACAUUGUGUUGUUCACACUCUAAAGCUCAUUAUCAUUGAAAGAUGUUAUUUAUUAUGUUACAUGUACAUGCUUAAGGCAUACUUUGAGCAGAAAAUAAUGAUAUCAUAUCUGAAUAAAAGAGUAAACUUUACCAAGCAAAGCGUUUUAACCCUAUCGAGGCUGGGG